AUAUGUGGACUUAAUUUUCCUUGUUCAUUACUCAGCAUAUAUUUGAUGAAUGUAGUCUGGACUUUAAAUAAAACGUCGUGCACUCUUGACUAAAGCCAUUGAUCAAUAAAUUCAUUAUUGACGUAAAACUAUUCUGGGCGACAUGGAUCCUAAGAUAUUAGUGUCUGCGAUAUUGCUACUUUUAGCAACGCCGUCUUUGACAAGAAGGGCGCAGAGUGGUCGCGGUCAGGAGAUAAUUGGACCGAUCGAUUUCGAUUGCCCACAAAACGGCGUCUACCCCAAUCCAGACGACUGUUCUCAAUAUAUCGAGUGCUGGAUGCAAGAUGCUAAUCUUUGGCAGUGCACAGAUCUUAUGCUCUUUGACUUAACUUACAAUGGAUGCAACUACGCUCAGUAUGUCCACUGCCAAGAACGACCUAGGCCAACAAAUGUACCGUCCCCAAACACCACACCCUCCACAAUCCCAACGACAACAUCCAACGUCACAACAACUACUACGCCAAGGCCACCAGAAGAUUUCGAUUGUCCGUCGGACGGCACUUUUGCACAUGAGGAACGCUGCGAAUAUUAUUGGACUUGCUGGGCCGGUGUGGCAGAAUUGAUCCACUGUCAGUUAGACUACUUGUUCGAUAGGGUUUACAUGGGCUGCAAUUUUCCAGAAUUAACAGAUUGUGACCACCGGUUGAGACCAAAUGGGAGUGCUACAACUACGGCAAGAACGACGACGACACGUGUCACGACAGUGCCAACGACACGCGAGACGACGCCAUUUGAUCCGACCGCAACGACGGUUCCUACGACGACCAGGACUCCCGGUGGCGAAUUCGAGUGUCCCCCAGGAGUAGAGGGAGAUUUUCCUGAUCCGGAAGAUUGUGGGGCAUUUUAUACUUGCGUGGGUGGAAUUCCGUAUCACAAUUUUUGUCCCGACGGACUUCAUUUUAAUCCGAUUACAGACUCGUGUGACUAUCCGGACAAUGUGGAUUGUAUGGAUAGACCGUCAAAGUAAUAUUUAGGAUGCCGAUGUAUCAAGUGCAUUUAUCAUACAUAAAAAUUUUGCAAAUUUAAUAUAAACACAUCUGAAUCUGUGGUUCUGUAUAAUGUUAUUAAAACUUAGAAAUAAUAAUUUGGUAAUGCUCUGGUCAGCAAUCAACCAGAAAAUUGA